CUGCGCCGGAGAUGCGCAGAUCGAGAAAAGUCGCAUCCAGUAUGUCAGCCUACACGAUGGUGGGCAGAUUUUCCCGGCCGGUCGGGAAUCUUGCCCAUUUCCGACGACAUUUCGCUGAUAACGCUGCGACGACGUCGUCUAAGUCGCCCGUGGCAGCUCGCGUCGGACGUUGGAUGCAGAUGUACGAGGAUUUCAUCGGCAUUACGGAAGUGAAAGAGGCCCAAAACGGAGUCCUUCUGGCGGAGCAGCGUUUCCGCGUGGCGCAGGACGGACGUCGCGAGACGCAGGCCGAGAUCCAAUUGGUGCAGAUGCGUCUCAAGGACAUGCAUGGCGAACUGGACAAGGUGUCACGCGGCGAGGACCGAUACCUCCGUCUCGUCACGCGAGAAACACGCCGUCAUCAAAUCGGAGCGACUCUGCUCGCCGGAGUUCGGCUGCGCGCGAGGCAGCGGAGCGCAGACCGCUUCGCCGCGCUGGCCACCGCCGUGCGAGAGAGCCACGAGCGAGAGCGCGAGUACGCCGAGAAGACAAAGUACUGGUCGCUGAUCGGCUCGGUCUGGGCGCGCCCGAUCGCGUCGCGCGCGACGACCGUCGCGCAACACGUGCGCCUGCGGGAGCUCGGGGACAUCGCCGCGGCGACGGACGCGGGGCGGACGGAGUCGCUGGUCGGCGACGGAGCGACGCACGCGGAGAUGGAGCGCGUGCGAGCGCUCGUCGCCGCGGCAACCGCGUGCGAGGAUGCGGGGUUCGUCGUCGCGUACGCGGAGCCGAGGCUUCGGGAGGUUGUCGCCGAGGGUGCGGACGACCUCGAGUGGCGGGUCAAGGUCAAUUCGAUCGGCACGGUCGUGUUCGUGUAUGCGGCUUUCGCGCUCACGCUGCCUGUCCUCUACAACAUCUUCAAGGGCUUGUGAUUCUUGUGAUCUCGUUGCCAUGACGACGACGGCGGGCGGAGGCUGCGGGGAAGAGGAACGGUAGCAGGAACUUUGUCGCAGGAUUUUUCCGGACAGGAUUUUUCUGGAUAGGAUUUUUUCUGUGCGGCGAAGCCUUCACGUCGUUCCCCUCCGAGUCGAUCUGUCUAAUAAAUGUCUAUCCGUCACUGUCGAUCCGUCAGUCUGUCGCUUCGUCUGUCGGAUGGAGAGAACCUUGGGAAGGCUCGGCAGUUUGCGAUCACGCGGCGCCACCUAGGAUCAGACGAUCACGCGCUAGGAGAGGCGGUUGAGUCGCCACGAUGCCAGUUCAUCACCAUCACUGCCUCGCCAUCAUCCUCGCGCUCCGCAGGGAAGCUGCUACGCAGCCCUCUCUCCGUGGUCGUCACCUCUCGUCUGACAUGAAAAAGAGGACCAUGUGUGAGAGAACGCGUGUCCUAUGUAUCUAGAUAUAUUUCGUCGUUAGACUCUCACAUAGUUGCCAUGACUAGAAAGAGAGAUUUCGUCGUUAGUCCCUCUCCCCCCCGCACGCGCAGGGAAGCUGAGACAGAUCACUCUCUCCAUAGCCGUCACCUCUCGUCCGAUGCAAAAAGGAGAACUGCAUCCGAUAAAGAGCAGAGUUUUCAUUGUUAGACUCUCACAUAGUUUUCACGACUAUAAGGGGAGAUUUAGUCGUUAGUCUCUCCCCGGGAACUCCUCUGCAGGCGCGCAGGGAAGCUGUGAAGAAUCCCUCCCUCCAUAGUUCUCCCGCGUCAUCUUACGCCGGACUAGAGAGGGAGCUUUCAUCAUUAGUCUCUUCCCCGCGCACCACAGGAAAGCUGGGAGGGAUCCCUCUCUCCCUUGCACACCACAGGGAAGCUGGGAGGGAUCCCUCUCUCCCCCGCGCACCACAGGGAAGCUGGCAGGGAUCCCUCUCUACCCCUCGCACCACAGGGAAGCUGGCAGGGAUCCCUCUCUCCCCCGCGCACCACAGGGAAGCUGGGAGGGAUCCCUCUCUCCAUCACAUCUCGUUCGACUCCGGACUAGAGAGCAGAGCUUUGUUGUUAGAUUCCCUGCUACGAGGAGAGCUUUUAUUAAUAUUGAUCGAUACGUUUAAUUUAUGUGAAUAACGAACGUCGUUCCCGCGUGACACCCGCGCGAGUUUAACCUGCUGUAAAUACUAAACUCGCUCGGUGGUAUGGUAAACAAGUGAACGCUAGUGCUCGGGGCGAGCCGUGGAAGGAGUCCCCCCCCCUGCACCUCGUUAAAAAAAAUUGCGAUAGGUGGGGCGAGGUAUGUAGUGCCGCAUAGGAGAUAAGAGGUAUGUAGUAUGCACAUAGCAUAUAGGAGGCAAGAGGUAUAUAGUAUGCACAUAUAGGUGAGAUUAGGUAUAUGGUAUGAACAUAGGUGGGAAAAAGUACGUAGUAUGCGCAUUGAUGGGAUGCCGUACAUGUAGUGUGCACGUGUGUGAGAUUAGGUAUGUAGUAUGCACAUAGCACAUAGGAGGCAAGAGGUAUAUAGUAUGCAUAUAGCUUUAUAGUUAUAAGCUU